AUGGCCCUGAUGCUGGCCCGCCGCUCCCUCGCCCGCUCCCUGCUGUCCCGCAUGGCCCCCGCCAUGAGCGGAGGUAUGCAGCAGGGCGGGUCCCUGGAUCCGCAGAACUCGCAGACCCGUUACAAGAGCUCCCACGCGGAGAACACCAACAAGUUCAUCGUGGAGGCCCUGCAGCACCUGGAGUACCCUGAGCGCCUGCAGAAGCUGCUGCUGACACCCGAGCGCGAGGUUUCCGUGGAGCUGGCCAUCCUGCGCGACAACGGCGAGGUGGCGACCUUUGACGCAUACCGCGUGCAGCACGACAACUCCCGCGGCCCCUACAAGGGCGGCCUGCGCUUCCACCCCGACGUCGACAUCGACGACGUGCGAUCGCUGGCCUCUCUCAUGACCUGGAAGACGGCGGUGAUGGACAUCCCCUUUGGCGGCGCCAAGGGCGGCGUCACCGUGGACCCCUCCACCCUCUCCGAGCGCGAGCUGGAGAUCCUGACCCGCAAGCUGGUGCAGGCCCUGCGCCCCAUCCUGGGCACCUACGAGGACAUCCCCGCGCCGGACAUGAACACGGGUGCGCGCGAGAUGGCCUGGAUCUUCGACGAGUACACCAAGUUCGAGGGCUACUCCCCGGGCAUCGUCACCGGCAAGCCGGUGUGGCUGCAUGGGUCGCUGGGGCGCGAAGCCGCCACCGGGCGCGGCACGGUGUUCGCAGUGCGCGAGCUCCUGCGCGCCAUCCGCAUGGGCGAGAUCCGGGGCAAGUCCUUUGUCAUCCAGGGCUUUGGCAACGUGGGCGCCUGGGCCGCCCAAAUCCUGCACGAGCACGGCGGGCGGGUGAUCGCCGUCUCCGAUGUCUCCGGCGCCAUCCACUGCGAGACGGGGCUGGACGUCCCCGCGCUGCGCCAGCACCUGGCCGACCGCCAGGCGCUGACCACCUUCCCGGGCGCCUCCACUGUGCCCAAGGAGGCCAUCCUCACCGUGCCCUGCGACGUGCUCAUCCCCGCCGCCAUCGGCGGCGUCAUCACCGAGGCCAACGCCGGGGACCUGCAGUGCAAGGUGGUGGUGGAGGCGGCCAACGGCCCCACCACGCCCGAGGCCGACCAGAUCCUGCGCGACCGCGGCAUCGUCGCGCUGCCCGACAUCUAUACCAACGGCGGCGGCGUCACCGUCUCCUUCUUCGAGUGGGUGCAGAACCUGCAGAACUUCAAGUGGUCCGAGGCGGAGGUGAACACCAAGCUGGACGUGGUCAUGACCGACGCCUUCAAGGCCAUCUGGGAGAUCCACGAGGCCGACGGGCUCAACCUGCGCACCGCGGCCUUCGUCAAAGCGCUGCAGCGCGUCACCCGCGCCCGCGCCACCGCCCAGUCCUCCCUCGCCCCCUGA